UAGUAAGGCGAUGGGGGACGGAACUAAUGAUCUAUCAUCGGCCCCAUCGACCCAAGACAGUCGAACUGUCUCGAAGUCUUCGAAGUUGCGGUGGGUUAGGCGCAAUACGACGCUACGAUAGGUCUAAGGCGGAUUGGAUGGACGAUGAUGUAGAGGAUGAAUGGGUAGACUAUGAAGAAUUAGAUGACGGUUUUCGUUCUGAAGAUGGUUCUAGCAGUAAAAGUUACGUAGACACUAUUCAGGUCUGCGUGGAUAGUGGGGAUGAUCUUCAAAUCGUUUCCCUUUUUGAUGAAAAGGAGGACGCAGUUAGAAAGAGAUCACAAGGUGGAGAGGUCUUUCACUCAACUACGAACAGAGAUGGCGAUUUGCGACUAACACCGGCUAGUGGUUUGAAGGGUCUUUCAUCUUAUCAGGUGGGGAAUAGAGGUAUCCAAAGGGGUAGCGAACUCAUUCCAUGCGAGAGACAAGAGCAAGAUGAUAAGUUGGUGGGUCAGCAGGGGAUCCAGGAGGUUACAAAGGAUGUUCUGGGUGGGGGUAUAAGUACUGUGAUGGCUAAGUCAGAUACACUUUCGAAGCCUUCCCAACUAGUUAGUACUGAAGCUGGGGAUUUGGAGAGGUACCAAAUGGAUAAUGCGCUCUGGAACUCUUGUUACUAAAACGCAAGUCAUCCUUUCGUCUUAGCCUUCUAGGGCAAGGAUGUGAGUGCGGAGAACAUGCAUCAAGGCUUUACCCAUGUAUUUGAGUCAACUUUUGAGAGUAUGGAAGGUGUAGCAGAGU